AAGCUUUUGUUUGCGUUGCGUAUUCGAUUGGAAAACACGCGCUUUCGUUUUUGUGAAUUAUUGCUUUUCUAGCGUUUACGAAAAUACGAAGAGACAGAACCAGGAAAGAACGCAGAAUGAAAAAUAAAGGUCAAGGGAAGAUAUUUCGGCCAAAAAAGGCCAUCAACAGGAAGAGUAAAGUUGAAUUAGUAUUUGAUCCUGAUGCUCGAAGAGAUUUUUUGACUGGCUUCCACAAGAGGAAAAUGGCUCGCCAGAAAAAGGCUCAGGAGGAACUUGCUGCGGAAUUAAAGGCGGAAAAGAAGAGAAUCAAGGAAGAGGCUAAAAAUCUGCACAACACAAUGGUGGUGUCACACAGACCAAUCCCUGAAGUCGAAGAACUGCUUGGAAAAGAAGAAACUUUUGACUUUGAGCAACAUUCUGUCAGUAUAAAGGAGCUAUCCACUGCUGUAAUGGCAGAUGAUAACUUCUGGAUCGGAGAAAAUCGGACAUCCUAUGAAACUAAUGAUGACGAGAGCAAUGAACCUGAUGUUGAAGAUAAAAAGCAAUUGAAAAGUGGAAAGGACAUCAAGAAGGCAGUGAAAAAAAUGGCCACUAAGCAGGUGCAGAAGAGUAAAGCGUUUCAAAAGAAAGGAAAGCUCAAUCAGAAAAAGCAGCAGAAGAAGUCCAGAAUGACUCAAAAACAGAAAAAAGCUAAAAACAUAAGUAAUCGCCCAGGUAGUAAACCCUUUAGAAAAUAAAAAGACUACAAGUUAUAUUUUUACUAUACAAGAUAAA